UUAACUUUUAUUCACAAACCCAUCAAAACAAAAUAUUCACAAACCCAUCAAAAACAAAAUGAACUCCCCAAUAACCUCUUCAAUGUCUUCUCUCCUUUUUCUUUUUCUUUUCUCAUUUUCAUUGGCAUCAUCAGCUUCAGCUCAUACCCAUGAGAACUUUCUCCAAUGUCUUUCUCACUAUCCAAACACCACCUCCAAUAUCUCCCAACUCAUUUACACCCAAGCCAAUUCCUCAUAUGCAUCUGUCUUGAACUUCUCCAUUCGAAACGGUCGUUUCUCUUCUCCCACAACACCAAAACCCCUCGUCAUCAUUACACCAUUACAACUUUCCCAUAUCCAAGCAGCCAUUAACUGCUCAAGAAAACAUGGCAUGCAGGUUAGGAUUCGAAGCGGAGGCCACGACUACGAGGGUCGUUCUUAUGUCUCCCAAGUACCAUUCGUCGUGAUCGAUCUGAUAAACCUAAGAUCGAUCACGGUUGAUGUUGAUGAAAGAACUGCAUGGAUUGAGUCCGGUGCCACAAUCGGCGAACUUUAUUAUAGAAUUGCAGAGAAAAGUAGAACUCUUGGAUUUCCUGCAGGCGUUUGCCCUACCGUUGGAAUUGGAGGACAUUUCAGCGGAGGAGGAUAUGGAACUAUGCUACGAAAAUAUGGCCUAGCUGCUGAUAACGUCAUUGAUGCACAUAUAGUUGAUGUAAAUGGAAGGUUUCUUGAUCGACAAUCAAUGGGAGAAGAUCUUUUUUGGGCCAUUCGAGGCGGUGGAGGAGCGAGUUUUGGGGUUGUUCUUGCAUGGAAGGUUAAACUUGUUCCAGUUCCAUCAACUGUGACUGUGUUCUCAGUUAAUAGGACCUUGGAACAGAAUGUUACCCAACUCGUUCAUCGAUGGCAAUACGUGGCGGACAAAGUCGACGAAGAUCUUUUUCUCAGAAUCCUCUUACAGAGUUUAAAUGCAAGUGGUGAAGGGAAAAGGACAAUACAAGCUACAUUCGAUACCUUGUUCCUGGGAGGUGUGGAUAGGCUUAUUCCAUUGAUGGAGAAGAGCUUUCCCGAGCUUGGUUUGACGAAAGAGGAUUGUAUCGAAAUGAGCUGGAUCGAAUCCACUCUUUACUUCAAUAGAUUCUCAAGUGGAGAAUCAUUGGAUGUUCUUCUUGAUAGGACUCCAGGUUUUAUUCCUUUCAAAGGGAAAUCUGACUACGUGAAAGAACCUAUCCCUGAAGAAGGAUUGGAAGGAUUGUGGGAAAAACUGCAUGAAGAAACUGCAGGAAGAGCUCAACUGCUCUUCAUUCCUUAUGGUGGAAAAAUGGCUGAGAUUUCGGAAUCCGAAAUUCCAUUCCCACAUAGAGCUGGAAAUAUAUACAAAAUUCACCACGUGGUUGUUUGGGAAGAAGAAGGAGAUGAAGCUGCACAAAGGCAUAUAAGUUGGAUAAGAAAGCUUUAUGCUUAUAUGACUCCCUAUGUGUCUAAAAAUCCAAGAGCUGCAUAUAUGAAUUAUAGGGAUCUUGAUAUUGGAACAAAUAGGAAUGGAGUUACUAGUUACACAGAAUCAAACAUUUGGGGGAUCAAGUAUUUCAAGAACAAUUUCAACAGGUUGGUGCACGUGAAGACCAUGGUUGAUCCAACCAAUUUUUUUAGGCAUGAACAAAGUAUUCCACCUCUUUCAGCUAGGGUGUAGAAAAUUGAUAACUAGAAAUUAAUUCUUAGGUAUGUAAAGAAAAUUAAGUACCAUACAUAUUUACCCUCUACAUUUUUAUUUUUAUUUUUUCUAGUUUUCUCAUAUAGAAUAAAUGUUAAAGGUCAUGUGGACUUUUACACACACACACACACACAUAUGUACAUAUAUAUAUAUAUAUAUAUAGUCUGCAUCAUGGUCUUGUUACUUGUUGAUAUAAUAAUAAUUGUGUUGAGGAUUUUUCUUUAUCAUAAUUAAUAAGAAUCGUUUGGUUUGCCUAUAA